GCUCCGGUUGACUUGAGUUGGAAAAUUUCAAGGUCGAAAAUUUACUUUAUCGGUCAAUUGAUAAGAAAGAUUUCGUAAAAAAAAGAAAAGAAAAAAAAAGAUUCGAUCAAUUGAAUUGAAUCUUCACCCAACUCACCGACGACCACCCCCGAACUACUUCCCAAUAGCCCGCCAUCUACGCUCUAAUAACUCGACCUCACGAAACUUAACGCGUCCCUUCUAUCAAUUAAAUACCGCAAUAAUUCUACGAAAAGAAAAUUCCAAAAAAUAAAUAAAAAUGGGGUCGACAAAGCCAGAGAAGAAGGAAAAGAAGGACAAGAAGCGUAGCGAAGCAGAUGGUGUGACGAAGGUCAAGAAAGAGAAGAAGGAAAAGAAGGACAAAAAGGAGAAGCUUAAGAACGCUGUCACCACUGUCCUAGACGAAGCUGAUGGCAACGCUGUCGCCGUUGUGAAGGAAGACAAGAAGGCCAAGGUCGUGGUUCCUAUCCCCAUAGUAGGCGCUCUAGUACCAUUUGCGAAGCCAUUAGCAGAUGAGAAGGCCACCAAGAAGAUCAUGAAGUCUGUACGAAAAGCUGCCAAACACAAGACCCUUAAGCGCGGCGUAAAAGAAGUCGUCAAGUCCCUCCGCAAGUCCCCCGCCGCCGGGCCUAGCAACACCGCGUUCCCAGGCGUCGUAGUGCUCGCGGGCGACAUCAGCCCGAUGGACGUGAUCAGCCACAUCCCUGUGCUGUGCGAGGACGUCAACGUGCCGUACAUCUUCGUGACCUCGCGCGCGGAGCUCGGCGCCGCGGGCAGCACCAAGCGGCCCACGAGCGUCGUCAUGGUGACCGAGAAGCGCGCCGGCGGCAAGAAGGAGGACAAGAUAGAGGAGGAGGACGGCGAGGACUUCGCCGACAUCUACAAGGACCUCGUCAAGCUUGUCGAGAAGGAGAGCAAGCAGCUCAAGUUCGCGUAAGGAUUUCCCGAGGCUUGGUUUCUCUCUGCUUAGUAGAAGAAGAUCUUUAAUAGGAUCAAAAUUCGCCCCGCUGCAUUUGUACGGACCCGGAGAGUGUUUAGUGUGGGCUCGUCGUGGGUGUCGAUCCGAGUCCUCUCUCAUGGCCCGUACCUUUCAAAGCAUAUCAUGGAAAAAGGGUACCGUCGGGAAUUACUUUGUGUACCUAUGUACGUACUGCUUCGGUUGGCUGCAAUAGGCGUGGCUUUUGGCGUUGGGGACAAAAUUAUUCUUCAUAUUUGCAAAUACAGGAUCGAUCAAUGAAUGAACAACGAUUCAUAAUAUGCAUC